CGCUCCCCGCCAGGCUCCACGAGGAGAUCAUCGACUUCUACGACUUCAUGUCCCCAUGCCCCGAGGAGGCGGCCAUGCGCAGGGAGGUGGUGACGCGCAUCGAGACGGUGGUCAAGGACCUGUGGCCCGCGGCCGAGGUGCAGAUAUUUGGCAGCUUCAGCACAGGUCUCUACCUUCCCACCAGCGACAUCGACCUGGUGGUCUUCGGGAAGUGGGAGCGCCCCCCGCUGCAGCUGCUGGAGCAGGCCCUGCGGAAGCACAACGUGGCCGAGCCCUGCUCCAUCAAAGUCCUGGACAAAGCGACCGUGCCGAUCAUCAAGCUCACGGACCAGGAGACGGAGGUGAAGGUGGACAUCAGCUUCAACAUGGAGACGGGCGUCCGGGCGGCGGAGCUCAUCAGGAGUUACAUGAAGGUGCGGCCGGCCGGCCGGCGCUUUCUCCUGCGCCAGGGGGUCCCUGCUGUGCGGACCCUGCGGCCCUCGCACGGAGCAGGCCUCGUGGGCGGCCGUCACGCCCUCGCGCUGCACCCGAGGAUCGAUGCCCGGAGAGCGGAUGAAAACCUUGGAAUGCUGCUUGUAGAAUUUUUUGAACUCUACGGAAGAAAUUUUAAUUACUUAAAAACCGGCAUCAGAAUAAAAGAAGGCGGCGCCUAUGUCGCCAAAGAGGAGGUCGUGAAGGCCAUGACCGGCGGGCACCGGCCGUCCAUGCUGUGCAUCGAGGACCCUCUGCUGCCAGGCAACGACGUUGGCCGGAGCUCCUACGGUGCCAUGCAGGUGAAGCAGGUCUUCGACUACGCCUACAUCGUCCUCAGCCACGCCGUGUCGCCGCUGGCCCGGUCCUACCCCAACAGGGACUCGGAGAGCACACUGGGGCGGAUCAUCAAGGUCACGCAGGAGGUGAUUGACUACCGGCGCUGGAUCAAGGAGAAGUGGGGCGGCAAGGCCCCCCCGGGCCCCGACCUCGGUGAGGCGUCGUUCCUGCUGCGGGGGGCGCAGGGUUUGAGGCUGAAGGCUGCAUCGCCGGUGGGCCAAGAGUCCUGUCCCUGUUUCUGGGCCGCUCUGCCUGCAGCGCUGGGGGCCGGGGGCCGGUCGCCGCUGUGCGGCCCUGGGCAGUGGUGGCGUUCCUGGGAGAGCUGCGGCCCCCAGGUGGGGUUAAGGGCAGCUACGUCCAGGUGUGUGCCCGCACCCCGUGACACCCCCUUUGGGAGGGCCAGGCUGAGGGCCAGGCGGCUCUGGCCGGCCUGUCAGCGCCGGAGGCCCGCGCCGCGGGGUGAGUUCGCAGCAGCCCUGUCCCCUCAGGACUCGGACACCCCGCCCUCCAGCACACCCAGUGUGUACCAGUUCAGUCUCCAGGCCCCGGCGCCCCUGCUGGCCAGCCUGCCGGCUGCCCUGCCCAUGUCCAGCGGCAAAGCUCAGUCCAGCGCAUCCAGGACGCUGGUCGUGACGACGAACACGCAGGCCAGGUUCACCAUCGCGGCCCCGGCCCUCGGGGUGGCCCCCGUCCCCUGCCGGCCAGUGAGCGUUGAAGGGACGCCCGCCUUGAAGGCCGUCCACCACAUGUCUUCCCCGGCCAUCGCGGCCACUUCUCCCAACCCGCUCUCCAGCCCUCACCUGUACCACAAGGUAUGUGCCCGGCCGCCCGCCUGGUCAGAGCCGCCGUGGCCCCAGGGUUUCCCGGCCGCCGCGCCGCCCUCUGCAGAGCGCCAGAGCUGCCUCCCGGGAGUCUGCCUCCUGGCACCCACCGGCUGCACCAUUGUGGCCGGCAGCCCGAACGCUGAGCACAGUGGGCGUCGCACGGUCGGCGCAGCGCGGCUGCCCGGUCUCCGGGCCGCGGCGGUCAGAUGGCACCGACGCGUGGGAUGGGCAGUGAGGACGCCGGCCCUCGUCCGCUAACUCGCGGGCAGAAACUCAGUUUUCGGGCGCGACCGGGAAGCCCUGGUCUCCCUGCGCGGCUGUGCCAGUCGGUGCCGGGCGGGGGCCUCGCUCUGCUGCCCUCUGCUGUGCCACCCC